GAUAAUGAAUGUCUUCAACUCUCUAAAAAGGUUGGGGUGGUAAAACUAAAGGGUUUAAGGACUGGGACAGAUACAGUGAUAUCUUAAGUGAAAGAGUUGUAGCCAAUAUUUUCACCAGAUUUCACCAACUGGCGUGUCAGAUGAGGAUUUCUAAGAAAUAUUGCAUCCAACUUCUGAGAGAUACUAGUUCUGAGAAAUAAUUGUACCUUUCUGGACAGGAAAAAAUACCAACAUUAUGAAGCCAGUUAUUGUGGUUCAUGGUGGAGCUGGCCGUAUCUUUAAAGAGCGAGAAGAUGGAAGUCGCUCCGGCGUCACCAGAGCAGCUCUGAAAGGUUAUGGUAUCCUGAAACAAGGAGGGAGUGCACUAGAUGCUGUUGAAGAAGCUGUGGUGUUAAUGGAAGAUGACCCACAUUUUAAUGCAGGUUGUGGCUCUGUGUUAAAUGAGAAGGGUGAAGUAGAAAUGGAUGCCAUUAUCAUGGAUGGAAAAAAUCUGAGCUCAGGAGCAGUAUCUGCAGUGAAAUGUAUAGCCAAUCCCAUCAAGCUUGCUCGUCUCGUCAUGGAAAAGACAGACCACAUGUUGCUGACCGACCAGGGAGCCCUUGCCUUUGCCAGGGCCAUGGGAGUUCCUGAGGUUCCAGGAGAGAAAUUAAUUACAGAAAGGUCACUGGAGAGAUGGAAGAAAAACCUUGAGGCUGAUUCAAACCCUCAGGAGUUCCAAAAAGACCUUGGAACAGUUGGAGCCGUUGCUAUCGACAGUGCAGGAAAUGUAGCUUGUGCAACAUCAACAGGGGGACUUUCUAACAAACGGGUUGGCCGCGUUGGGGAUACAGCCUGCAUAGGAAGCGGUGGUUAUGCCGAUAAUGCUAUUGGUGCCACUUCUACCACAGGCCACGGAGAGAGCAUUAUGAAAGUGGUUCUGGCAAGACUUACCCUCUAUCAUAUGGAGCAAGGAAAGUCACCAGAAGAGGCUGCCACUGAAGCCCUGAAUAGCAUGGAAACCAGAGUUGGAGGAUUAGGAGGGGUGAUUGUGGUCAGCCAUUCAGGAGACUGGGCAGCAACGUUCUCCACAAAGCAGAUGCCCUGGGCUGCAGUCAAAGAUGGUCAGCUGCAGAGUGGCAUCCACACUGGAGAGAGAGACACACAACCAGUAGAAAAAGCCCUUAGUUCCAUUGCAUCCUAAACACAGAAAAGGAAAUGGUGGUCUGUGACAGAAAGAAGAUUAUAGACUAGCCCCUAAUGUUGUUGACUUCAGUUCCUAUUAUGCCACACACUUGGCGAUGCUGGCAAGGACUGAUGGAAGUUGCAAGCCAGCAAUCUGUGAUGAGCCACAUGUUCCAUAUGUCUGCUGGAGAUUUUUUGUUGGAAACUGAAGGUGUUGUCCCUUUGAGACAAAGUCAGUAUUUUGAGGGGUCCUUCUCCAUACUUCCCUCAGGGGCACUUCAUCCCAUAAUCUUUUUCUUCUUACUGCACUGUCUGCGGUAGACAAAGCUUUGGUAUGAAGUUAUAUCACAGUUUUAUUUUAAUAGAGUUGUAUCAUAAUUUUAUUUUAAUGGAGUUGUGUCAUAGUUUUAUUUGUAUGUUUCCACAUACAGUUAUAUUGUGUGCAGGCCUUUGCCUGUAUUCUUACUGAAUUCUUUCCAAUGAUUUCUUACCUAUAUGUUAACUUCUAUGCUAUAGAAUGAAAGGAAGCUAUUCCAGGAAUCAUUUAUCUUGGUUGGCAUUUUAUUGACUUCUUGGUACAAGAUGCAGGGCAAACGCUGGGAGUGAAUGUAUGUACAGUAUAAGGAAAAUUAUAGGGAUUUGGAGCGUACAUGAAAAUUGUGCUCUAUCAAGCACUUUCAGUAGUAGUCUGGAUAAGCAUGAAGAAAGCUAGAGAAAAAAGUCCCAAUCCUGACUAUUUAGAUGAUUAUGGGGAAAAUAACAACUCAGUUCUUUGCUCAGAGUCCUGUGAUCAGAUAACUGUUGUAAGUCCCUUCUAACACAAUAAGACUUGCCUUUGAGUGGCCCUGCAUGUGUUAAGAUGGCAUCCUCUUUGUGUAAAGUAUGAAAAUGCUUGGGAUGAUAGUAACUGUAAGUUAGUCCCAACAGAGUAUUCGCAAGAAAGCAAAUUUAAUCUUUUUACUAGAAUAUUGGACCAUUCUAAAAGAAUAUAGGGAUAUGGUUUGCUUGUUUAAAAUAUUGUGAUAGAACCUAAAAUGUUCAUCUUGCAGUAAAGACUGAGCAUCCUUUAUCCAAAAUGCUGUGAACAAAAACUGUAUUUUUGUUUGUUUGUUUUUUCCAGAUUUUGCUAUACUUGCAUAUACAUGGGAUAAGAUGUCUUGGAAAUGGGACCCAAAUCUAAAUACAAAAUUCAUUUGUGUUUCAUAUAUACAUUAUACUUGAUCAGGCCUAGGUUAAGAAGCCUGUGUGAAUGUAUCCUCUUCCAGGUGCAAAACUAACUGCUGUUUUCUUAGGCAAAGAACACUGCAUUUCUAAGGACAGUUCUACGUGGGCACUAUUUUCUGGGGUCAAUCAGGAGUGAUGAAUUAUGAGUUGUAUUAUUAAGUAAAUGGGUUCCUGGUUAUGUACAAAAGUAAUAGAUACCCACAAAUGUAGUGAUUGCUUUAGCAAUGUUCAGUCAACAAGUAUAACGUAAGAACUCAUAUAGAAUAAAAUACAAUAUGUUCAGAAUUCACAAUUGUAAUAAACAUAAUCCAUACAUCAAAAAUGACUGUAGCUCAACAAUAUAUGUUCUGUAUAUAAUUGUUCACUUAUUCAAUCAGUUCAUUGUACUGAAGAGCAAGUAGGUCACAGUAGAUCACGACCGGUUUCGACUAGGUCUUCUUCAAGUGAAUUAAUCUGGGAAAAUUAUAAUGAAUUAACCAAAAACAUAUAAACAUAUAACAUAUCUACGUAAAUGUCAUUAUAAAUUUGACAUAGAGACUCACAAUAGUACAUUCAUAUGUAUACCCUUUAUGCUCCUCUUUCUAGUUGUGUUUUUAUGUCUUCUUCUCUUUUUUUCUAGAGUGGGUCUAAAUAAAAGGAACAAACAGUGGCUAUAACAUAAUUUAAGAUUUUUAAGUUUCAAUUAAGAUAGUAUCUUAUUUAUAUACUCACAGUGUUGAUACUCUGCUGGCUUUGGUUGAUUCUUAUAGCGAGUAUAAAUUGUUAUUUGGUAACCUCACAAUAUAAUGGGAAGUUUUGUCCUCAGGUGGGAUGAUUUCAGGUAGCCAUUAUUCAUUUAAAGCAAUAUGGGGUUACUGAGUAUAUUCAUAUAUGUGUUACUCAACACUAGAUGGCAUUGGUGGUUCUCCCAGUUUGGUUGGAAUUUAUAGUGUGGUAAGAAAUACCAAGUACAGAUUCACAUGAAGUAAUUAUAUGAAUUAUGUUCAUUAAUUCAUUGACUGAAUUAUGAGUUGUCCCUGGUAUAGUUUUUACUACUAGGCCCUAGACCAAUGAUGGGCAACCUUUUGUGUCAAAGUUCACCAAAAAAAAAACCUAGCAUGACUUGGGUGGUGUGUCACUUCGAGAAAAAAACCAUAAUUUCGCAAUAUGUAUAGUUUAAAU